AUGCAACGGAUCAUUCGAACAAUACAAAGGCAAUCAUUUUCGGACGAGUUUGACAAAAUAGGUAAUUACUCCUGUGCAAACAAUAGCAAAUUACGAAAGCUCAGUCCGUUCCAAGAUGAGCACGGAAUAAUACGGGUUGGUGGUCGUCUAAGGUUUGCAACAAUUCCAUAUGCACAGAAGCAUCCAAUACUUCUGCCACGUUCCCACCGACUGACGAACCUACUCAUUGAUGAUUUUCAUAAACAAAACAAACAUCCCGGUGCCACUACUUUACAAACAAUAAUUUCACAUCAGUAUUGGAUAAUAUCAGGUCGCCAAGUCAUUAGAUCUCGAUUAAGGCUCUGCAUUGCUUGCUACAAGACACGCCCACGCGAUCCACAGCCCUUCAUGGGUGACAUCUCCAAAUGUCGUCUGCAACAGGUAAAACCGUUUAUGACAACAGGCGUAGACUACGUCGAUCCAAUUAGUUUAAAAUCCUCUAAAACACGGCGAACGGUGCCCAGUCAAGCAUACAUCUGCUUAUUUGUGUGUAUGACAACCAAGGCGUCACAUUUGGAGGUGGCCUCAGACUUGUCAUCCGAAACCUUUCUUAUGACCCUUUGUCGUUUCAUCUCCAGACGCGGACUGGUUGAACAAAUACACAGCGACUGCGGAACAAAUUUCAAAGGUGCGGCUAACUUAUUACAGCCUGUCGAUCAAUUCAUCCAGUCCAAGGAGUACCAAAAUCAGUGUCAGGCCUACCUAACGGCUCGUAAUAUCAGUUGA